UGUGUCUUGAAGUUUCAACAACCGUACUGCGUAUGAUUCAUGGAUUGAACGUAAAGUCAUUGAUACGGGUGAAGCACGAUCAGAGCUGUUUUUGAUGGUUCUCGAGAUAAUGACUUCAAAGUUGUAGAAUAUCGCAGUCGUUGAAGUCACCUGCUCUCCCCGCCAGUCCGAUAGAAUUUUGGUGUACAGUUUGUUUUGCUCCCCGCCUCCGCACGCUCCAGCCCCGCACCAUCAGCCCGUCAACAACUCAGCCCAUUGACUAUCUUGAGCAAUUGAGCUAUCAGGGGUUAUCUUUAAUGGACCUUUCCAAGCCAGUAGAUGACGAGUUCACUCGAGCUCUUCCGAAGAUCGAGCUCCACGCCCACCUAAGCGGCAGCAUAAGCCGACAAUGCCUCCACGAGAUCUGGGCCGAGAAGAAAGCCCAAUCCCCAGAGACCUUCACCCUGGAAGAUCCUCUGGUAGUGAUGCCCCCCGGCAAAGUGGACUAUUCUCUGCAGACGUUCUUCACCACCUUCUCCAACACAAUCUACCACCUCCUGACUACCCUCUCCGACAUCCGGGCCGCCACGCGGUCCACCCUGGCCGACUUCGCCGCCGACGGCGUCGUCUACCUGGAACUGCGGACGAUCCCGCGCGCCUCGCCGGCGCAGUCGUUCACGCGGGAGGAGUACCUGACUACAGUGCUAGACACAAUCGCCGAGUUUAGUCUGCAGCAGCAGCAGCAGCAGCAGCAGGAGCAGCCGCCACCAGAAAAUGCAUCAUCGAUCCCAAGCGGAACGACUACGAAGCAAGCAGCGAUGACAACGAACCUCAUCCUCGCAAUCGACCGGGGCACCAUGACCGCCCACGAGGCGAUGGAGAUCGUCCAGCUAGCCAUCAAGUACCAAUCCAAAGCCCCCAGCACUAGGCCUAGCACGUAUCCCCAUCUCCGAACCCCAACCGGGGGGGGGACAGUAAUCGGCCUCGACAUCUGCGGCAACCCCACGAAAGGCGACGUCGCGCUCUACGCGCCCGCCAUCGCGGCAGCCAAAGCCGCGGGGCUAGGCGUGACGGUGCAUUUCGCCGAGGUGGCUCCAAACCCACACCACCCCCAGAAGCAGGAGGCGGAGUUACGGACCUUGCUCGACUUCGGACCGGAUCGCCUGGGCCACGUGAUCCAUGUGUCGGCCCCGAUCAAAAAGGCAAUCCAACAACAAAAAUGUGCGCUGGAGCUGUGUCUGUCGUGUAAUGUGCACGCGGGCAUGGUGGCGGGCGGGUUCGCGGAGCAUCAUUUUGGGGAGUGGUGGGCCGACGGUACCGGUCAAUGUGUGGUGGUGUUGUGUACGGAUGAUGUCGGGUUCUUCUGUAGUCCGGUGUCGAACGAGUAUCGGCUCGCGGCGGAGCAUUUCCGUCUGGGUCGGGCGGAGGUGUUGAGGCUUUGUCGGCGGUCGUACGGCGUGAUCUUUGGGGGUGCGGCAGAGAAAGAGCGGCUACAUACACUUCUAGAUGAUUUCGAGGCGGGCUACAAGGAUUGAAUCCCCCCAUUAUUUAAAAAGAGAUCAUGAUUUUCUGCGUUAGACCAAGCUAUCGAUGAAGAUAAUUAGCACUAGACUUUUUUCCCUCCUUAAAAAGAAAAGCUAGCUCUGCCACCGGAACUUCCCCUCCUUCAGCGUCUUAAUCACCCCCAAAGGCAUAUACUCGCGGCUGACGGCAGCCAGGUUCCCAUAGCGGUCGGUCAUAUCCUCGUGGUACAGCUCC